CUUCCAACCUGUAGGCGCUGCCGUUCUUCAAUUGGAAAGGACGCUGUCGGCGAUCGUUGGUCGCUAGUAGAAUGUGAAGAAGUGACCGGACAAAGCAGAAAAGAAGCGAGAGUACGAUAUUCUUUUCUUCCGAUGGAGGCUUCCAGGGGAAUGGUGGGGAUGGAGAAUCCCCUUACUUUCAAAGCAGGGCAGGUCUUUACAGGCUUUGGAGUUGGAUGUGGGAUUGGAAUCGGAGUUGGCGGGCCACGAAAUUUAGGUGCAAUUCCAGUACUGAAUCAGGUGAUGAGCGCCACCAGGGGUGCAACGGAUGCUGUUUCUGGCAUUGGAGCCCAUGUGAAUAGCUCUCUAAGAAGGUUGGGGAUGAAGGGCAUUGAGGCUGGUGUAGGUUGUGGACUUGGCGUUGGUCAUGGUUUUGGUGUUGGUGUUGCUCUGAAACCUGGGGUGAUGAAUCAUAUCCAAUCCUGUGUUGGGCAAAUGAUGGUAAAGAUGAUGAAGAAUCUAGGAGGUAUUCCUGGAUUUUCUGUUGGUCACAACCUUAUCCCUCGACCAACACAGAUUGGAAGUAAGUUUGUUGAUGAGACCUUUAAAAGAAAUGAAAUUUCCAGUGGAGAUAUCCACCAGAUAGCAUCCAAAGUUUCUGAGAGUAGAUCACAUAGUUUGGUUGGAGAAAGGAGAAUUCUACCACAAACUUCAUUUGACAGUCGAUAUGAAAAGAUCAUCAACAACUUUUUGAACAGUCCACUCUUGCAAGAUGAGAAGGCAAUGGAGGUUAAUGAGCUGGCUAGCAAGUUGCAGACAGAGAAUAAUGUUUUGCAAAUGAUAUUAGUGAACACUGCGACUCAAUGGUGAAGGUGACAUGAGUCUGUGUUUCCAAGAAAACAGGACUUGGGGUUUCAGUGGGUUCCAGUCUUCACAGUGGAGGUCAUGUUUAACCCAUUUUAAGCCAGCAGACACGUUCAGCAUAGUACAAAAUACAGGAAUUGUCUCCUGGACGUUGUUUUCCUGAUGUGGAUGUAUUGAAAUAGUGAGUUUUGAAUGCAGUCAGCUGUCGGCUUUUCAGCUUCUACAUGAAGUAUAAACCUACAUGUAUAUGAAAAGAUGGUCCAAAGGGUUUCCUUUUCUACUAGUGGGACAUGUCUGUCUCUCACUACAUUGUAAGCAAUUUCAUGUUGUUUGGUUUCAGCUAUUGAAACAUCAGAAGAUCAUCGAUGAACUGACUGAAGAGAAUGAGAAGUUGCGCCAAAUUCUCAUCAAAGAGUUUAAUGUUUCACCAGAAAAGUUUAAAACAAGCAGCGAUGAAAGAUGGAAACUUGAUACCACAU